AUGGGUAACACACAGCAGACCGGCGUGAAGGAGGAGGAUCAUGGUGGCAGUGGCAACCAGCUCUCCGUUUUCCUUGAUCAUGUCCUGGCCGGCGUUGCUGAAAACCCUCUCGCCGGAGGGCAUGACUUUGAGGCAACCUCCAUGUUGAAAAAUCGCAGGAUAAACAAUACUGAUGCAUACGGAGGAGGCAUCAGCAGCAGGAGCAGGACAGAUGAUAGUCUUCGUCCAUCACGGCGGGGGCGGCGGCCGGUGCCGGAGGGCGUGCAGUUCGUGCUCAACACUUUACCGGUUGACCCAAGCUGCAUUGGGGAUGGUGAUGGCUUCACUGCUCAUGUGAAGGAGUACGCAAAUUAA